UUGUGAACAAGUGACGUCAGUAAUUUGUAACUGACCAACGACCAGAGGCACAUUUUGAUUCAUCUCGCCGCACUCGAUCAACUUGACCAUGCUCAAGUUGCGUGUGGCGCACAUCAGGCGAAUCAUUAAAAGUAGUGUAUUGUAGUAACAUGUACUCUGAUGACUGCGGCGAUCUCUUGAAGAAGGACUUCAAGUACUACAAGAGGAAAGCCGUGCGGCCGGAUUUGUCUAAGGUAAUCGAUUUUGAGAGGCCGGAGGAAUUUCCCGUCGAAGUGCACGCGCAGUUGCAGACGACGCCGGAUUGCAGCGAGGUCGGUCUCGUCAACGACUCCGAGCUGGUAUGCUACUCCGUGCCUGCUAAUCGGGGUCUCGUAGUAAUACCCAAUCCUUUCACGCCUCGCGGACAACGCCAGUGGGUGAGUCGAACGCUGCGUUCGUAUCCGAAACCACCAAACUGCACCAAUCUGAAAGCGCUGAAGCCGCCGGACGCAUUUCCCGCAUCGCUGAAACGCGACGAGUUUUACAAGAACCUCCGGUGGGUCACGCUGGGCCUGCACCACGACUGGGACUCCAAGGUGUACGACCUCGAAAGCGCGACCGCUUUUCCCAGCUGUCUCGGGGCGCUGACCAAGAAACUCGCUACCUUGCUCGGGUACCCGGCAUUCGAGCCCGAGGCCGCGAUCGUCAACUACUACGCCAUGAACUCGACGCUAAGCGGUCACGUCGACCGUUCCGAGCUCGACCUCGAUUCGCCUCUGUUCUCCGUGAGCUUCGGACAGACUGCCGUGUUCCUCAUCGGUGGGGCGACCAAAGACGUCAAGCCGACGGCCAUGUUUCUGAAGAGUGGCGACGUCGUCGUGAUGACGGGCGAAUCCAGAGUGGCCUACCAUGCCGUACCGCUGGUGCUACCGCGCGAGGAUAACGCGCCGUGGAGCUGCGUUGCGGAGACGUGCGGUGGUGACAAAGCAGGUGGUGAAUGGAGCGCCGAGGCUGAGUACUUGUCUGAUCACAGAAUCAAUCUAAACGUGAGGCAGGUGUUCGCAAGAAGCUGAUGGUCCCCGUUUGGCUGUAGCCAAAUUUAGGUUUUCAAUAUACUGCACCACUUUUCUGGCUUAGGGCCCGCGCCUCGUCAGAUGCAAAGUCAUAUGGUACAUGGCAGCAUCUGCUGCUGCAAAGAGCUCAAGUUGCAAGACCGUUAAGUACCCGGAAUAAUGCAUAUGAAACUUGCUGAAUGUUAAGAAGAUCAUGGUGAUGCCAAUGUGUAUGCACAAGCACUUGAACCGGCUUAUGCAAAACACAACAGUGUGGCUUUAGUUGUGCGUGAAACUUCCAUACACAUGCAUAUGAAAGUUGUUCCGAUGUGGACAGAAUGCUUGCUGUCACGCUAAAAUGUGGAACUACAUGUUCCAGUUCAUGUUCAUAUGUGCAUGAUGCAAGCAUUUCAAACAUGAUGGGUGCCAUGUGCAAAACCUAUUUAAAGUAAACAGAGCUAGGUGCAGGGGUGUUCCAGGAUAUGGAAGAGAUGAAUGGCCAGGGUUACUCCGGUGGCAUCUAUCAGUAUUGAAUUCCAUACUGAGCAGUUGCAGUGCCUUUGAGCACUGCCUUUGACUUUCUGGUCCUCAGUAUUUGCAGAUUUGUCAGUUGCCCUGCAACGUUAAAGGACAACUGCAACAAAGUUUUACUUUUGCUAAAUUGGCUCUCAAUUAGUAGAAUAAACUAUUGAAGAAAUCUUGGCAGCACUACAGGUCUGGUAAUUGGCUAAUUCUUUUAUUAUAAGCCUUCAAAUGGCAUCUAAGCAGAUGAUUUGUGCACCAUGGUAGUUAACGGAUAUGAAAUAAGUCCCAGCACACUGUUCCCAAGAUUAUUCAGCUCUCCACAGGUGCUACCUAAUAUCGGAGGUAUGAGCCAUGCUGGUUCUCAACACCCUAGGUCGUGCGUCACUUUUGUCAACUGGUGAUGGCGGCGUUUUAUUCAGUUUCCAUACAAGAAACAUCUGUUAUUGCGAACUUUUCAUGACGCAUCCAUUCUUACUCCAGAUGUACAACCUUGCUCAGAGGCUGCUUUAAGUCUCUGCUAUCCAGAACUAGGUUUUUUAUGCAGUCUGAAAUUUUGACGCAGGUGCGCAUUACCUAAUGUACAUUUGCACAUCUAUGAUAAGGUGAGCACCUGUGAAUUGAUCUCCAAUGUCACCUGGCCAACAGUCAUUGAAGUCCAUUUAGUAAAGUUGGAAAGGGGUCCCUUCAGGCAAGACACGUAAUUUGCAGAGUUUUUGUGGUCGAGUGUAGUUGAGGCCAACCUACAGAUUUGUUAGGUAGAGACAUAGUUUCCUGCUAGCUACAUUGUGGCAAACUUGUGUCAUUAUGUCGACCAUCCUUUUAGAAAGUGAGAACUUAUAUUGUUGAAUGUAAAGUUUAGUCCUUCACAAAUAUGCCUGUGUGAUCACUCGAACUACAACCCUCUUGGCUGUUGUAUUUAUGUGGCAUGCGCGUCAACUGAGUCCAAUGCAUGCUGUCUCUCCUCUUUAUUUCAGCUAUGGCAUAAAGGGCAAUAAAGGCAUGUUAAUAACA